AUGUCUGAUUACUUUAGGUUGGGAGGGGAGAGUCAAUCGGGAGUCGAUAUGGGGUCUCGUGGUGCGGAUCGGAUGCCGUCUGGUGGUUUUGGACAGGAGAACGAUGGGGCGUCGAUCCAUUCGAAUGAUUCGUAUUUGCUGGAGCUGCUGCCGGAUUCUGCAACUGUUGGGAACCAGGUACGGUCUGAGGCGUCUAGUGGGAUAAGUUUGGCUGCGGUUUCUUCCGCAAAGGGCAGCAAGGAUCACAUUCUGCCCCGUUGGGACCCGAGAUCUCCGUACUACGUGGACGUGCCGGUGCCCAAGCCGUCUAGCAUCGAUGCUGGAGAGUCUGGAGGCGCGGCAGAGGCGGAUACCGCGGAGGGGAAGUUCGUGAGGGAGUAUCCGACCGACAUUCUCGUGGAUCGUUUCUACAAGUGGAGGAAGGUGCUGAAGGGCUUGAUUGCGUAUCUGAGAGAGGUGGCGUAUGCGCAGGAGCAGUUUGGCAGGAUCAACUUUCAGCUGAAGAGCGCAGUGAAGUUUCCCUUCCUGACAGAUCUGGAGGAUGGCUCCAAUAGGCUGGUGGAUCCGCUGGCUCCGAAAGGCCCCGCUAAGAAACAGCAGCCGGUCACUUUGGCGCAGAAGAAACAACAGGAAAGCUCGCUGGGUGCGGCGGGAGUCGGCGAGAAUGGGUUGAAUCACGCGGAGAACGAGUUUCAAGCGGUCAGAACCGCAGAAUCGGAUGACACGUCUGCCUCCUCAGGGUUCAUGAAGUUUGGGUCUGGUUCGGUCCAGGAUAUACAGGUGAUCUUGAAAAAGUACCACGUAUCGCUAGCGCACCAGCAAUUCAAGAUCUCCAAGGAAAUCACGACUACGGUGAUACCAAAGAUGGAGGAUCUGCGCAAGGACUUGCAGUUGAAGAUUAAGGAGAUCAAGGACUUGCACGGCGACUUCAAGACUAAUAUCAACGAGCAUGUGGCUAUAACGGGACAGCUCUUGAACAAAUACAUCGCAUCAGUUAAGUUUGUCACUAGCAAUUUCUCGUCUGACGGGUCGGACCAUAUAAAGUUGCACAAGAAGAACAACCAGCUGAAACCAAAACACGACCCAUAUCUAUUGAAGCUGCAACUGGAUUUACAAUUGAAACGUCAGCUGCUUGAGGAAAAUUAUCUUCAAGAAGCUUACAUCAAUCUACAAAGCUCUGGUAUGGAACUCGAAAAAAUCAUCUACUCAAAAGUCCAGCACGCUUUGCAAAAAUACUGCUCACUGAUAGAUUCCGAGGCUCGCCUGAUGAUAAAGAACCUCUGCCGUGAGUUGCAGCAGGGUAUGCUUUCGCGGCCACCAGCUUUGGAAUGGGAUCACUUUGUAUCUCACCACCCGACAUGUCUUUUGAACUGGAAGUCAAAUGACCCGGUACCACCGGCAAGGAAGUUGUCCGAGAUCAUUUACCCACAAAUGAAAUCAUCCCUCGCUAAAUGCAUCAGGGCUGGCUACUUAAGCAAAAAAUCGAAAUAUCUAAAGAAUUACAAUAAGGGCUAUUUUGUGCUCACCUCAAACUAUCUACAUGAGUUCAAGAGCAGCAACUUCUUCAAGGUCACUAAUCCGCCAGAAGAAACGAAGGAUCAUCAGAACGUGUCGACUGCUUCGCAAAACUCCGCCAAAACAUCUCUAAUACCCGUUAUGAGCAUUUCGUUGAACGACUGCGUAUUGAUGGAAGCCUCGGAAAAUAAGUUUGUUCUGGUUGGCGUACCAACCUUCAACGAUCUCCAGAAGAUCAGCAGCUCGGCCAAGAGCAGCUUGACAAAUAUUGCAGGUACUUCAUCGCCAUCAAACGACGGCCCAAAGAAAUUGAAAAAGGCAGCUUUCGGUAAGUUAUUGAAAGGAGCUAAGCCAAAACAGUCAGCUCCAAAAACAGCGGAAGAACAAGAAGAGGUGAAGCAAUUCUACGCAGCUGCUCGACAAGAAACAAACAAAACCGUGAAUUGGGUGUUUAGGCCAGCUUCUUCGAACCCAUCGGAAGAAGAAAUCAGAUUGUUCAAGAAAUGGAUCCACGAUUUAAAAAACUUGACCAGUUUCAACAACACAGAGGAGAGAUCGAAAUUCAUCGAGGAACGCGUACUCAAAGCGCAAACUCGAGUGAAGUCUAUUCCAAAGGGCAGCGCAAGCACUCCAAGCAUGUCAACUUUGGGAGAGGGUUCGAAUGUUGAUGGUUCCUCCUUCAAAAAAGAGAGGCCUGGAAGACCAAAGUUUAUUCAACUACAGAACUCACCAGCUUCAUCUUCUGCAUUGGAUAUAUCGGCCUAUAGAUCCAAAGUCAACACUCCCGCAGUCGAUGACAACGGUAACUUGAUUACCGUAGCCGAGCGCAGGCAUAUUCCGCCGUCGCUCUAUAUGACAUCUCCCAUUACAUCGCCAAGAAUGUCACCAGGUUCAGACAGCUCCAGUGCCAUCAGCUUAGUUCAUCAGCAGUUGCACCAACAAUCACAACAAGCGGCGGAGCCACAGCAACCACAGGCCUCUGUGAGCGACACUCCUGGCAAUAAUCUGGUUAUGAACACGGCACCUGUCGUCAGCGGGGUUCCAGUGGGUGACAGUUAUCGUCGACAUUACAGGAACACUUCUUUAACGCAAUCUUUGCCGGGAGUAAAUGCCCAUGCAAUAUCAGCCAUAAACUCACCGAAAAGUAUUGACUCAGAGGGUAGCAUUGGCGGGUAUUUUGCUAUUCCUGUUGCAAGAAGCAACGGUGGAUCUGAGGGAUCAACUCCUUCGUAUGCAGAUGACAGAAUACAGCAAAAUUACGUGCCGCCAAAUGGCAACCGAAGUCUAGGGAUGAGAUCUGCGUCGGGCGGCUACUCUCCACAAUUGAUAAAUUCCACCUCACACACUUCACCGGUUCCAAAACUUCGGUUAAACGACCAGGAUGUCGCUCACCAUGUCGUCGAUGAAACGCAGGCUGCGCAGGUUGAUGCCUCAUUGGCUUACAACAGGUUCAAGAGAAACCAGCUUCUCGGCGACGUGCCCUCUGCCAAGAGUGAUUCGACAUUAGCCUCCGGGUCUCCAUCACUAUAUCUGAGGAGCAAUAACAGCACCAAUAGCUUGGGCAGUACGGCUAGUAGAACGCAUCCGAUCAGAAAGCACAAGAAGAACGUCUCUUUUAGCUCACUGAACAGCCUCAUGUUUUCAAAGAAGGCAGCGAACGCAGGAGGAAGCCAUAUGACAGACCAAUUCAUGGGCGGUGGCAUACGCGAAGAUGACGGUGAUUCCGAAAAGAGCUCGCAAUCUCUUAAGUUAAACCAGUCGAUAUACUCUUGA